AUGGUUCAGACAUCCACAGUUAUCACGAUAUCUGUCGGGACGGUGAUCACCGGCGCCCUUGCAUAUGCUGUAUACUUUGACUACAAACGAAGAAAUGACCCUGAAUUCCGAAAAGCCCUAAAACGAGAGUCGCGCCGUCAAGCCAAAAUAGCCAAGGAAGAAGCAGAGAUUCAAGGAAAGCAGCAAAGGGAAGAAAUCAAGGCAGCUGUUCAAGAAGCCAUCGAAGAAGGAUUUCCCACCGACGUCGAGGAGAGAGAAGCAUUCUUUAUGCAACAAAUAGCUCAGGGUGAAGCCCUAGCAGGUGACGGAUCGGACCCAGUCGCUGCUGCUCUGUGUUUCUACAAGGGCCUCAAGGUCUACCCCGAACCCUCCUCGUUGAUCGGCAUCUACGAUAGUACCGUACCUAAAGAAAUCCUCGAGAUCCUCGCAUUGAUGGUUGCUCAAGAUAAGAGCUUAAAGGUGGGUUCAUUUGGAGCUGGACGGGACGGAUCACCUUCGGACGGACCUGGUGUCGAGUAG